AUGGCGCAGAGUCUCGAAUCCAGGCCUACAGUGGUGGACUUUCGUGAAGAAAGCCCGUGGGUGCAGCUAGCCAAGGCCCACUGGCUGAACUCGAAGGUCCGCAAGGCCAAACCAGAUGUGAUCAAGAAGCAAUUGUGGGAUCCUUUGGAAGCAGAGGCUUUCAACAGCCGCUCACUAUUGAUCCUCGAGAACCUGAACAUUCUUGAGAAGUUCCUUUGGCCGACUUACACAGAGGAUGCGUCAAAUCAUCAUGUAAUGUUGAUUGCAUUGAUCGUCAGCGCGAAGCAUCGGGAGCACUUGCCGAUAUGGGAUAUCUUCUCCGACCGCGCCGAUGACUUCUCUAAUCUCUUCCACCGUAUUCUCUCCAUGAGCAUUGAUGUUUCACUUCCGACUCGCUCUCGACUUUCUAUCAUAUCGUUUAUUAUCAGCGCCUUCCAGUCGCUCGAGAACGUCCUGAUCCGCAAAGAAUGCGCCCCGCUCGUUUCUAUCUCAGUCUGGCACAACCUGGCCAGCGAGGAGACUAGAGAUCGUAUUGUUGCAAAGGCUCCAACACUGAAAAAGGCAUGGAGAGCCUCUGCGAAGCGAUACGACGCUGGAGAUGAAGCAGCGAAAGCAAAGAUGCGAUUCGAACGUUCAUGGCUAUAUACGAUGCUCUUGGAUUUCCUUCAUAGGUUGAACGGACCCGAAAAGGACCAGGCUGAGAACUUGCUAUACUGUGAACGUUUCCUUGAGCUCUUGGUGGAUCUCGAAAGUCAGCUUCCCACCAGGCGCUACGUGAACACGCUGUUGAAGGACCUCAACCUUCUGUCGGUUAUUCGCCUUUCACAGCUCUACCGUGUACCUGAUAAUGCUCUCCUUCGCGACUUCCACAGCCUUCUCAAACAUUUUGUCGAAUUUGCAAUUGACGAUUACUCUGGUGAGGCUCUUCCCCCCAGGGAGUCUACGACCUGCAUUGCCAGGAAUUGGCCCAACUGCAAAGAACCUCCAUGA